CCACCCCAGCGCUGCGCCAGCCGCCCGUUCGCGCUCUACACGUGUGCGCGACCGCGCAUCCACAUCCUCUGAUAAGCAUCCGUGGGAUUGUCGGCCCCAGUGCUUGCUGUCAUCACUGUCUACAAGUGUGUGACUGUGCAGCACACACUACGCAAACGCUCGCGCAGCGAUACGUGAAGACCUCGUGCUAUCACUGCGACGAGAAUAGUGCCAUCGCAAGUAAAUGGCAGGCUACUCACGGCCGGCCGUGGCACGCAUUUUUGGCGUGCCGGCCCUCGGCGGUCUUCUCUUCGGCUGGGACAUCGGCGCAACAAGUUAUGUGCUGACGCAGCUCCAGUCAGCCGAGUACAGUGGCGUGAGCUGGAGCGGCGCCGUCGCGGGCUCGAGCUUCCUGCAGGGUUUGAUAACGAGCGGCGGCGUCGCGGGCGCACUCAUUGGCGCGGCGAUUGUAUUUCGCGUCGCCGACGCGAUCGGCCGCCGCCGCGAACUGAUUCUGGCCGCGUUGCUGUACGUCGCGGGCGCUGUACUGGAGGUCGCGUCUGGCUUCGGCACUACUGAAGCGACCGGCCUGGCGCUGCUGCUCCUCGGUCGAGUCGUCUACGGGGCCGGGUGCGGCUUCGCCAUGCGCGUACCCGGCGUCCGAAGAAGCCGCCUUCACGCCAUCGCGGAGACGUCACGACGUCAUCGAUCGUACACACACAGGCACGGCGCGCCCGCGUACAUCGCCGAGAUGUCGCCCGCGUCCAUCCGAGGAACGCUAGUCUCUCUCAAAGAGGCGGCCAUCGUCCUGGGCAUCUGCCUGGGCUACGGCGUGGGAUAUGCCUAUUCAGAAAAGGACGGCGGCUGGCGCUGGGCCUACGGCUGGACCCUGCCCGCUUCGUUGCUUCUCCUGGUCGGGGCCCAGUCGCUCCCACCGUCGGCGCGCUGGCUCGCGCUGAGGGGUAAGGCCGUCGAGGCCGUCGCGAGCCUGGCGUUCGUGUACCCAAAUGAUGUAGACGCCCGCGACGCCGCCGCCCAGGAGCUCGCCGUGGCCUCGGAGUCGCGCAGCAAUGCGCCGCCGCCGAGGCUCGGGGACCGGCGCUACCGGCGGGCCCUCACGGCCGGCAUCGGCGUGGUCCUCCUCCAGCAAUUUACGGGCCAGCCUUCGGUCUUGUAUUACGCCGGCGCGAUCUUCGACGCGGCGGGCGUCGGCGCCGUGGCCUCCGUCGCGGUCGGCGUGUUCAAGCUCGUCGCGACGCUGGGCGCCGUGGCGACGGUCGACAAGCACGGGCGGCGCAAGUUGUUGUUCGUCGGCAUUAGCCUCAUGGUCGUGGCGCUGCUGGGGCUCGCGGUCGCGUUUCACGGCUUUGAGGGAGAAGGUUCGGGCUUCACGCCGCGCAAGGUCGGUAUUAUUGGCCUGAUAUUUUUGUACAUCGCGGCCUACCAGAUCUCCUUCGGGCCGAUCGCGUGGUUGUUGAUCAGUGAGCUGUUCCCGCUCGAGGUGCGCGGGCAGGCCGUCGCGCUGGCCGUCCAAGCGAACUUCGCCUCCAAUAUGGUUGUUGCAUUGCUGUUCCCCGUGGCGCGCGACGCGCUGAAACACGUCGUCGGCGACGCGUGGGCCAUGUCGGUGCUCUUCGCCGCGUUCGCGGCGAUCGCUCUUUACGCCUUGGAGUUCGUGCGCGCGCGCGUGCCCGAGACCAAGGGCCUCUCGCUGGAGGAGAUCGAGCGGUACUUCGCGUCGGGCGAGCGGCUCGCGGGCAUCGAGAGCCCCCUGAUUCCCUCGGCGGGCGACGAGCUUGUCGUGUAGUAGCGGCGGGUG